CGCGCAGGCGCACGGGCCGCUGAAAGGCUCGGAAGGCGCCAUGGCUGACCCCUACGCGCCGGUGGAGGCCGCGCUCGGCCCCGACGAGAACUUCCUUUCGCUGGCCGACAUCCUUAUGUCGCAGGAGCGGCUGCCGUGCCGUGCCGAGGUCGCCUGGCCUCGUUUGGCUGCCUUCCUAGCCAGGGCCGACGCGGCCGCUGCGCCCGGCAAGGCGCUCCCGGAGGGUUCAAAGUUGGAAAUCCCUCUCUGGUUGGCCAAAGGCUUGUAUGACAAGCGGAGGAUUCUUUCUGUGGAGCUACCAAAGGUGUACAAGGAGAGCUGGCGGACAGUGUUUAAUGCGGAUGCCAGUGUGGUUGACCUGCAUAAAUUGGGGCCAUAUUACUAUGGAUUUGGGUCCCAGUUACUCAAUUUUGACAAUCCUGAAAAUACUGAAUUAGCUCAGUCCAUACUACAGACAUUUAUUGGCCGUUUUCGUCAUAUCAUGGACUCUUCCCAGAAUACUUUCAAUGAGGACACAUCUGCAUUGGUGGCCCGGCUGGAUGAGUUGGAGCGGGCCUUAUUCCAGACUGGUCAGAAGGGACUCCAAGACUUCCAAUGCUGGGAAAUGGGUCAGGCCUCCCAAAUCACAAUAUCUAGCCUCAUCCAGAAUUACAAAAAGAGAAAAUUCACUGACGUGGACAGCUAAGAUCACAAAGAGGCCUUGUAGGAAACGUGGAUUUUGUGGAUACUUGGGUUCAAGCACUGAGAAGAACCAAUGUUCACUUAUCCAAUUAAAAUUAUUUCCAGUAGUAAUUUGAGAUAGGAUGCCAAAUAAUGUUCUGACUCUGAAUGAAUAGAUACAGCAGCAGCAACAAAUUGCUUUGGGGAAUAACAUUUCAAUGUUUCUAUUUAGAUUUUUGUUGUAAUAAUUUAAAGAAGGACUUUAGAAAUGCAUGGAAUAAUUAGCUAUUGUCCAGCAAGUUUUCUGUAGCAGUAAUUGAAACGUAAGCAUAUAGCUAUCUUUUUUUAGUCCCAGUUUCCUGUUACUUGCCAGUCAAGUGGCCUUUCUGAGGACCAUCAGAACAGAUCCAAGGAGUGUAGCCUGUGUCUUCGCACUCACAAAGGUGAUUAGAAAUGCGGCCUUCUUAGAAGAAAGUCUCUGAGCUGCAGUUCUGUGACUACAUCCAGGGCCUGAGGGCAAACAGUUCUCUCUGUUAAAAAGCUGCCUCUUGGGGUUUCAUAGUCAAUCCCAUCAUCAUUAAAAUUAUAUGUUGUCAGACUCCCAGCCACUUUGGGCAGUUGACCCUUGUUAAAAAUACUUAAAA